AGACCACUGGCACCGAUCCAACAGUACGGCGAUGUCCGCCUUAGUAGCAGGACGCACAGCACAUGUGAGAGGUGAAUAGUGUGCCCAGCUGUUAGUGAACUCAUUGUUGUACCCGUAGAUGGAUAUUCCCCGUAGGAUGUUACCUUGCACCAACAAACCCUUCCUAUUGUUGCUUCUGUAAGGUAGACACAGUCUUCCCUAUCCCUGCGUUGUGUAUUUAGUGCUUGUGUAUGUGAGAGUGUGUGUUUAGCUUCAACAAGCUACAGUCCUGCAGUGCCAAAGCCAUCCCCUGAAGAAGCUCCCAAAAGCAAACAGUUCACUUCAUAAAAAAAAAAACAUAAUACUUCCCCCCAACACGAUGGCGACCAGUAAUCCGGCCUUUGAGAACGAUGAGCCCGUGCUGACGAGCGAUCGGACCUCACACACGGCAACCAAACCAAGCCUCGCCGCCGUCACCGCCAAGUCCAGUGCCAAGGUGAACCAGUUCCAGCAGCCACCGGAACAGACGACCGACAGCAACACCAGUCGGACCGGCGCACUGCCCGAGAUGAACCUGAUGAAGAACAUCCACAAGGUGCAGCGGGACAAGUGGGGCAAAGAUAUCGAGUUCCUGCUGUCCUGCAUCGCGCUCUCGGUCGGGCUGGGGAAUGUGUGGCGCUUUCCGUUCACGGCGCUGGAGAAUGGGGGCGGUGCGUUCGUCAUACCGUACCUGAUCGUGCUGCUGCUGGUCGGGCGUCCGAUCUACUAUCUGGAGAUGCUGAUCAGUCAGUUUUCGAGCCGGGGCUGUAUCAAUGUUUACGAUGCGUCGCCGGCCAUGCGAGGCAUUGGGGUGGGGCAAACCUACUCGACGUUCAUCGUGAUGACGUACUAUGCGUCGCUGAUGGCCGUUACGAUGCGGUACCUGAUCGCGUCGUUCGGUGAUCCGUUGCCGUGGAGCGAGUGUAACGAGGCCUGGAACGCGACCUGCAUCGAUUCGCGGCUGAUCACGAACAUGGCGGAAAACUCGACGGCGACCGCCGUCUCCUCGGCCGAGCUGUACUUUGUCAAGGACGUUCUCAAGGAGGCCAGCACGAUACAUGAUGGCAUCGGUACACCGGAGUGGCGGUUGGUGCUGUGCCUACUCGUCCCCUGGACCUGCAUCUGCCUUACACUUAUCAAAGGAAUUAAAAGCUCCGGAAAGGUUGCCUACUUCCUGGCCAUCUUCCCGUACGUCGUUAUGCUGGUGCUGCUCAUCCGGGCCUGCACACUGGAGGGUGCCGCCGAUGGUAUGCUGUACUUCAUCAAACCGCAGUGGGAUCGCAUUCUGGAGGCGAAGGUGUGGUACGCGGCCGUUACGCAAGUGUUCUUUUCACUCACCAUUUGCUUCGGCAACGUGAUGAUGUACUCGUCCUACAAUCGCUUCCACAACAACGUGUACCGGGAUGUGACGAUCGUGUCGAUCAUGGAUACGCUCACGUCGAUGCUGGCCGGGCUGAUCGUCUUCGGCGUGAUUGGCCACCUCGCCCACGUGCUGGAAGCGCCCGACAUUAAGCACGUGGUGCGGGGCGGUGCCGGCCUUGCCUUCAUCACCUACCCGGACGCGAUCGCCAAGUUCACCUUCUGGCCGCAGUUCUUCGCAAUCGCCUUUUUCCUGAUGCUGUUCGUGCUGGGCAUUGGCAGCAACGUCGGUAUGGCCACCACGAUAAUGACAGUGAUUCGGGAUCGGUUUCCCCAGCUUCAGCCCGCUCUGGUGGCGGUAGGGAUUGCGAUCGUUGGGUAUGGGAUUGGCAUCAUCUACACAACGCCCGGCGGACAGUAUGUGCUGGACUUUUUGGACUUUUACGGCGCCUCGUUCGUUGCGCUCGUGCUGGCCGUCUUCGAGAUGUUCACUUUCGCCUGGAUCUAUGGGGUGAGCCGUAUCUGUCGGGAUAUUGAGUUUAUGCUGGGCAUUAAGACCGGCCUUUACUGGCGCAUUUGCUGGGGCUUUAUUACGCCGACGCUACUGGCCGCCAUUCUGCUGUACCACAUCGCAACGUACGAAACGUUCACUUUCAACGGUUACGUCUAUCCCGAUGGGAUGUAUGCCUUUGGAUGGUGUAUCUUUGCUGCCGGCGUGCUGCAACUGCCCGCCUGGGCGAUCUACACCUUCCUCAAGCGCAAGGAGCCGGACUGGCGCGAUCGUCUGCUGCACUGCUUCAAACCAACGCACGACUGGGGCCCGGAAGACCCCGAACUGAAUGCCAAGUAUCACGAGUCGGUGUACAAACACGAACAAUCACUGCCGCGGGAUCGUUCGCUAGUGCGAAGGAUGUUCGACAACGUGUUCAGUUGAAGUGAGACUUUGAAAUUUCCUUCCUUUUUUGUUUCGCAUUUAUUGCAUUUACCGCAUGGAUUUAUUUCGAUAGUUUCACAAAUAAAUAAUGCUACAAAGCAGAGCGUUUUAAGCCAAUAAGCAGGACAACAGUAUCUUAGCUACGAGGAAUAUCUUUUUAAUCAUUGCAUUUCGUUAGUAUUAUGAACGUCGAGAAUAAUUUAAGAUCGUACAUUUCUAGAAUAAAUUGAUGAGAGAUUCUUAUAUUACA